UCCGGAAGCGGAAGUGCAAGAGAGUGGUUCUACCCAUCGCAGGAGGCACCGUCAGCGGGGACCGUCUGGGACGGGGAAUUGGUGGCCGCCGUGGAGUCUUUGUCAUGCCUCGGUACUGUGCGGCCACUUGUUGCAGGAACCGAGCGGGACAAAGCGCCCGAGAUCAGCGAAAGCUCAGCUUUUACCCCAGAUUUCCUCUUCAUGAUAAAGAAAGAUUAGAGAAAUGGUUACGGAAUAUGAAACGUGACACUUGGACUCCUAGUAAGCAUCAAGUCCUCUGCAGUGACCAUUUUACAUCAGAUUCUCUAGAUGUGCGAUGGGGUAUUCGAUAUUUGAAGACAACUGCAGUGCCAACUAUUUUUUCAUCCUCUGAAAACCAGGAAAAAGGACUAUCCCAGAAGAAAACGCAAGUGGAAAGAAUAGAAGGUAUCAAAGAAAUGAGCACAUGCAUAACAACAUCCUCUCUUAAAUCUUGUUCACCGAAGAGAAAUAUCUUGCCUGAAGGAAGCCUAUAUGGAAAAACUCUUGGAACAAACCCAGACUGCUCAACAAGAACGGAAGGACUAUCACAGAAUAUUGUGAAAGAUGGCACUGCAUAUUCAGGUAACUGUGCCAAACAGAAUAAGCAGCAAGCAAACCAAAUAACAACAACAUCUGAUAUGGAAAAAACGGGAGCCAUCCGUUCCCAUGUUCCAGGAAAUAGUAGGACCAUCAAAAACAUUUUCAACGCUGCCGCUACAGAUUUGCAAGUUUCCGUCCGUGACCUCCAGUCAUGUUUUGAGCAUAGCUCAAAUUCUAAAGCCACGGUUUUGCAGGCCACACAUCCGGAACGUGGAGAUUCCUCUCUGGAAUUCACUAAGGCCCCCAUACCCAUGAGCGAACUUAAAUCUGAUCAGUUUGAUCCUCACAUUGCAAAUUGCUCAAUAGAAGUACAAAUGGAUGAAAGCUCUGUGUUGCUUCAGUCCAUGUCACAAGCUUUGGAACAGCUCAGUGGAAAUAAGGAGUCUGUCAUCACCAUUAUCGUUCCUUCCGAGGAGUCAAGAACCCCCUUGUUAUUAGAGGGCUCCUUUAUAUCAGCAGAAGAGGUAUUAUUAACCCAUCUCGAAGCAGAAAACUCUGUUGUCAUCGGCAGCUGCAGCAGCCUUGAAGUGCUACAAACUGAGCAUUCAUACUGUAGGCAAGACACAGACCAGGAACAACUCUGGCAAAAAAUUACAAAGCUGCACUCAAAGAUAGCCCUUUUAGAAGUCCAGGAGAGAAAAACCCUAAGCAGACUUAAAGCUAUAGAAGCACUUAUUGCAAAACUGAAGCAAGACAAUCUCCUUUCAGAGGAAAAACUUAAGGUCGUAGAAAACUGUUUUACAACGUUUGAAGUUACCAUGAUACAAUAAAAGCUUUAAAAGAAAGG